AUGGCCAACACCACCGUCCGCGGCGCGCAGGCUAUUCACGGCCAGAAUCCCCAGUUUUUAGUCGAAGCUGUCAUACGAAAUCGUAUCUAUGAGUCGACGUACUGGAAGGAACAUUGCUUCGCUCUUACAGCUGAGAGUCUCAUUGAUAAAGCUAUCGAGCUGAAAUACGUCGGCGGUGUAUAUGGUAACCAGAAACCGACAGAAUUCCUCUGUUUACUCUUGAAAUUGCUCCAGAUCCAGCCGGAGAAGGAGAUUUUGUUGGAGUAUUUGCAAGCGGACGAGUUCAAAUAUCUCAGAGUAUUAGCUGUCAUGUAUAUUCGUAUGACAUUCAGGGCAGUUGAAGUCUACGAGAUCCUAGAGCCGUUGCUCAAGGAUUACAGGAAGCUGCGGUAUCGUGGCACGAAUGGAUUUACGCUCACGUACGUGGACGAGUUUGUGGACAACCUCCUAGUGGAAGAAAGAGUAUGCGACAUAAUCUUGCCCCGACUCACAAAACGCGACGUAUUGGAAGAUAUGGCGGAGAUCGGUUCCAGAAAAAGUCGUCUUCUGGACGCCAUGGAGGGCAAGAGCGAGCAUGGCAGCGAUCAUAGCCCCAACCGGAGCAGGAGUAGGAGCAGAGAUCGGAGCUCAUCGCGCAGCCCAAAUGCAGAGCAUUAUGCAAGCCGAAGCCGGAAUGCGAGCCGUACAAGCAAAUCUCCUUCUCCUGCUGGUUCUGGCUAUGUCUCCCGAACGCCUUCAAGGUCGCCAUCAGGUUCAAGAUCUCCUUAUCGUUCUCAUAGUCGCAGUAUAUCCUCGGAUCGACAGAGUGGCAGUCCGCGUUACCGAUCGCGCAGUCGCAGCGAACAUCCGGAUCAGCAGAAUGGCAGCCCUCGUUAUAAGUCACGGAGUCGUAGUAUUUCACCGGAUCGGAUGCAGUAGCAAGAAAGCUCGCACGCAAUCGGACAGUACAUUAAGAUAUAUGUACCUAUUUCGCCCUGGCAAAUUCCUGUGUCGUGUACUUGGUGAGUUGUUCUGAUAGCACCUUCCAUCGUUCCUCCACCACCGGCAUGGUUUUGAUAGCUGUAGGUGAUAGGUAACCCCUGUUCUUCCAUUGUGUAUACCAUUCUGUGAAUGCGAUGAGAUUUGAAUCCAGUUGUUAGGAGGGCGCGUACCUAUAUCUCUACGAUGUGUAGGCGCAGCCUGUACUCUGUCUGUCCGGCCCUUCACGCAAUCCCGCAGAGCUAG